UUUAGGUUCCCCGCUCUCUUAGCCACUCAACAAGUGUUCUCUUAACCGCCUUGAGCUUUCCCUGGCCAAAAGCUUUCCCUUUGCCGGCCCGCCAAGCCCAGCAGCGGCUGUAGUCGCACGGCGAACCCUCGACAGGAAUCAAGCGGGCUCAAUUUUUCUGUUACAAAACCAAAAUACAAAACGCGCAAUUCAAAAGUGUUCAAUAUUGUAAAGGAUUCGGGCCAAAGGACACUAUUCCUUGCUCUUCUGGCUUCCUGGCUUCGUUGUUUAGCCCAGUUCCGGCUCCUUGAGGCUCUGCGCACACCUUUGGUUGGCUGCCAUAUGGCAUCAUCCACAUCCGCCAAUGUCAACAGGAACAGGAGCACCUGGAUGAAGAGGAAGCCAAAGCCAAGCCACGCACGUGCCGCAAAAAGUUUUGCGCCAAAACUAGAACUCCAGCCAGUGCGAUCGCCGCUGAUGUCGCCAGCGUUGCCGGCGUUGUCGCUCUAACUGCGAACGGUCUGUGCUCCGCUCUACCUGUCCCGCGGGCUCACCUGGACAACAGCCCAUAAAUUAGUUGCCCGAUAAAAAAAAAGCAGCAGCAACAUGUCGCAGUCGCAGUCGCAGUCGCUUGAGGCCUCCGGCGGAGUAGCUGCUCUGGAGGAGAAGCCCCUAAACAAUGGCUAUCUGCAGGCGGAGGAGCUGAAUGCCACGGUGGUGUCGCCGCUACUGGGACAGCAGCAGCAACAGCAGCAACAGCAGCAACAGCAGCAGCAGCAGCAACUCCAGCAACAGCAGCUCCAGCAGAAUAAGCUGCCCACUGUGGUGUUUCUCUCGCCCGAUGGCAGCGGUGGCGUUGGCCUGGGCAGUGCCCUCCAACGGAGCAGUACCAAUCCUGGCAGUGGCGUUGUUGGAGGUCAAUCCACGCGCAGCAGCAGCGAUUGGUUACUCAAGGAGUCGCAGCAACGUCGUCGCCUACUGAUCCUGGCCAUUGCCUUUACCGUUUUGGGAGCAGCCAUCGGAGCUUUGGCCAUUUACUUUGCCAGCGUGCACCAGCGAUGUCAGCUGUAUCACCUGGAGCCAGGCCAUGAUGACAGCAGACCCAAUUCCAGGUGGAACCAGGCAGAGGGACAGGAGGGCAGCCGUGAGGGGCAGGACAACAUUUGCAUGACCCAGGAGUGCGUGAGAACAGCGGCCUCCCUGCUCUCGGCCAUGGACCUUGGGGCCGAUCCCUGCGAGGACUUUUUCCAGUAUGCCUGCGGCACUUGGAACAAGCUGCAUCCCAUACCCGAGGACCGCAGCUCCAUUAGCACUUUUGAGGUCCUGUCUGACCAGCAGCAGGUGAUCCUGCGUGGCGUCCUCGAGGAGCCCCUCGAUGAGCGCGACAACCAGGCCACCAUCAAGGCCAAGACCUUCUUCAAGAGCUGCAUGGACAUACCCCAGAUCCGUAAGAUCGGCAUUGGGCGGCUGAAGGAGGUGCUGCGCUCUCUGGGCGGCUGGCCAGUCAUCGAACGCGACUGGCGUCCUCCAGAGGAUCUCUCCGUGGAGCGUCUGAUGGGCCAGCUAAGGCUGAAAUACAGUGAGCCGGUCAUGAUCGAGCUGUAUGUGGGUGCCGACGACAAGAACAGCUCAGUCAACAUCCUCCAGAUGGACCAACUGCAGUAUGCCCUGCCCUCUAGGGAUUACUACCUGAAGGAGAGCAGUGCCAAUGACCGGCGGGCCUAUCAUCGCUACAUGACGCAGGUGUCCCUGUUGCUGGGUGCAGAUCCAGCCUCGGCCGCUGCCGAGCUAGAGCAGGUGGUCCUCUUCGAAACGCAGCUGGUGAAUGUCUCCCUGGCGGAGGCAGAUCGUCAUGACACCAGCGCCGUUUAUCGUAAGACCACACUGCCGGAGCUGCAGCAACUGGUGCCGGAGGUUCAGUGGACGGAGUACCUGCAGUCGGCCUUGGGCAAGAAUAUUGCCCUGCAGCCGGACGAACCGCUGGUCACCUAUGGCCUGACCUAUCUCACCGAAAUGGGCAAGAUCCUGGCCCGCACCGAGCGGCGGGUGGUGCACAACUACAUGCUGUGGCGUCUGGUCAUGUCGCUGACCACCCACAUGAUCGAUGAGUACCAGCGGGAGCGGGUGGAGUUCCGCAAGAUACUGCUGGGUAUCCAAUCGGAGCGAACGCGCUGGUCUCAGUGCGUGGAGUGGACCAACAAGAAGCUGGGCGUGGCCGUUGGAGCCCUCUUCAUACGGGAUAACUUCAACCAGGAGAGCAAGGCGGUGGCUCUUGAGAUGAUUCAUACGAUAAGGGCGGCCUUCAACGAGCUGUUGGCCGAGAAUCACUGGAUGGAUGAUGAGACGCGGGCGGUGGCCAAAGAGAAGGCGGAUUCGAUGAACGAGCGGAUAGGUUAUCCCGAGCUGCUGACCAAUGCCACCGAGCUAGAGCAGGAGUAUGUGAAUCUGACCAUUGUCCCGGACAACUUCAUAGACAACGUGCUGAGCAUCCUGCAGUGGGAGUCCGAGAAGGUGCUCAAUCUCCUCCGGCAGCCGGUGGACAAGGAGAAGUGGACCACCGAGCCGGCGGUGGUGAAUGCCUUCUACAAUCCCAACAAGAACGAUAUAGUAUUUCCCGCUGGCAUCCUGCAGCCCUUGUUCUAUAGCCAACACUUUCCCAAAUCCCUGAACUAUGGCGGCAUUGGUGUGGUCAUUGGCCACGAGAUCACCCAUGGCUUUGAUGACAAGGGCCGGCAGUUCGACAAGGAGGGCAACAUGAUGCAAUGGUGGAACAAUGCCACCAUUGAGGCCUUCCGCGAGCGGACGCAGUGCGUCAUUGAUCAGUACUCGCGCUACAAGAUCAACGAGGUGGACAUGUUCAUGGACGGCCGGAUGACGCAGGGCGAGAAUAUAGCGGAUAAUGGUGGUCUCAAGCAGGCCUUUAGGGCCUACAAAAAAUGGGAAACUCUGCAUGGGCGGGAGCCCCAGCUGCCUGGUCUGAACAUGACCCACGAUCAGCUCUUCUUUCUCAACUACGCCCAGAUCUGGUGCGGUUCCAUGCGCCCGGAGGAUGCACUGACCAAAAUCCGUUCGGCGGUCCACUCGCCGGGCUUUGUCCGUGUCCUGGGGCCGCUCUCGAAUUCGUGGGAUUUUUCCCAUGCCUACAAUUGCCCGUUGGGCAGCACCAUGAAUCCGGCGGAUAAGUGCAGCGUGUGGUAGUCAUUGGCCAGUAGUCAAUAGUUGGCGUUUUUUUUUAUAUAUUUAUAUCGCAUACUAUAACGGUAUAUAAUUAUAUAUACACGAUAAUACACGAGUAGAGAUAUGAUCGAUCACCUGAGAUGGACAAUGCGAGACGGCUCACUUGUUCCCAAAUUUUUUUGUGUAGUUUCCUGUUUUCCCUCCUUAUUAUUAUUAUUUUGUUUUUGUGUUUGUUAUAGCGCAGUAAUGUUUACCCUUUAAAUACCUGGCUAUAAAGAUCUAUAGUGUAGCUAUGUACGAGUAUUUAUGUGCUAGGCGAGAACGGUACUCUGGGCCCCGCACUAGCCACAACCCUCCUAGGCUCCUCCCCAAGCGAAGAACAAACAAAAUAUAUUC